GGCUGCAGCGGCUGUGUCUGGAGCAGCAUCCCGGAGGAGUGGGGAACCUCGUUUACCUAAUCCAGCCCCCCGAGUCCGGGGAGCUGCCCCGGCGGCCGUCACCAUGGUGAAGGAGCAGUUCCGGGAGACGGAUGUGGCCAAGAAAAUAAGCCACAUCUGUUUUGGAAUGAAGUCACCCGAGGAGAUGCGCCAGCAGGCACACAUCCAGGUUGUGAGUAAGAACCUGUACAGCCAGGACAACAACCACGCCCCCUUGCUGUACGGGGUGCUUGACCACAGGAUGGGCACCAGUGAGAAGGACCGUCCUUGUGAAACCUGUGGGAAAAACUUGGCUGACUGCCUGGGCCACUACGGAUACAUUGACCUGGAGCUGCCUUGUUUUCACGUGGGGUACUUCCGAGCCGUCAUAGGCAUCUUGCAGAUGAUCUGCAAAACCUGCUGCCACAUCAUGCUGUCCCAGGAGGAAAAGAAGCAGUUUCUGGAUUAUCUCAAGAGGCCCGGCCUGACCUACCUCCAGAAGCGAGGGCUGAAGAAGAAAAUCUCUGAUAAAUGCCGAAAGAAAAACAUCUGCCAUCACUGUGGCGCUUUCAAUGGUACUGUAAAGAAGUGUGGUUUACUGAAGAUAAUUCAUGAGAAAUACAAGACCAACAAAAAAGUGGUAGAUCCUAUCGUAUCGAAUUUCCUUCAUUCUUUUGAAACGGCCAUCGAGCACAACAAAGAAGUGGAGCCCCUGCUGGGGAGGGCACAGGAAAACUUGAAUCCCUUAGUAGUUCUGAAUUUAUUUAAGCAAAUCCCAGCUGAAGAUGUCCCUCUUCUUCUGAUGAACCCAGAAGCUGGAAAGCCCUCCGAUUUGAUUCUCACGCGACUUUUAGUCCCCCCCCUGUGCAUCAGACCCUCCGUCGUGAGUGAUUUGAAGUCUGGCACCAAUGAAGAUGAUCUGACAAUGAAAUUGACAGAAAUCAUUUUCCUAAAUGAUGUCAUUAAAAAGCAUCGGAUAUCAGGAGCCAAGACCCAGAUGAUCAUGGAAGACUGGGACUUCUUGCAGCUGCAGUGUGCCCUCUACAUCAACAGCGAGCUCUCAGGCAUCCCCCUCAACAUGGCGCCCAAGAAAUGGACCCGGGGUUUUGUCCAGCGCCUGAAGGGAAAACAGGGUCGAUUUAGAGGCAACCUCUCAGGAAAGAGGGUGGAUUUUUCUGGCAGAACUGUCAUCUCACCUGACCCCAACCUCCGGAUUGAUGAGGUAGCUGUGCCAGUUCAUGUGGCCAAAAUUCUAACUUUUCCUGAGAAAGUAAACAAAGCAAACAUUAACUUUUUGAGGAAACUGGUUCAAAAUGGACCUGAAGUUCACCCAGGAGCCAAUUUCAUUCAGCAGAGACACACGCAGAUGAAAAGGUUUUUGAAAUACGGAAAUAGGGAAAAGAUGGCUCAGGAGCUCAAGUAUGGGGACAUUGUGGAGAGGCACCUCAUAGACGGGGAUGUGGUGCUGUUCAACCGGCAGCCCUCGCUGCACAAGCUGAGCAUCAUGGCGCACCUGGCCAGGGUCAAGCCCCAUCGGACCUUCAGAUUUAACGAGUGUGUGUGUACACCCUACAAUGCGGAUUUUGAUGGCGAUGAGAUGAAUCUUCAUCUUCCACAAACAGAAGAAGCUAAAGCAGAGGCCCUUGUUCUAAUGGGGACUAAAGCAAAUCUUGUAACUCCAAGGAAUGGAGAACCACUAAUUGCUGCUAUUCAGGAUUUUCUAACAGGUGCCUAUCUCCUUACUCUUAAGGACACUUUCUUUGACCGAGCCAAGGCAUGCCAAAUCAUUGCUUCAAUAUUGGUGGGCAAGGAUGAGAAAAUUAAAGUUCGUCUCCCACCUCCUACAAUAUUAAAGCCUGUCACCCUGUGGACAGGAAAGCAGAUCUUCAGUGUCAUCCUCAGACCUAGUGAUGACAAUCCAGUGAGGGCCAACCUUCGAACCAAGGGCAAGCAGUACUGUGGCAAAGGAGAAGACCUCUGUGUCAAUGAUUCCUAUGUCACUAUCCAGAACAGUGAGCUGAUGAGUGGCAGCAUGGACAAAGGAACACUGGGAUCAGGAUCCAAGAACAAUAUUUUUUACAUUUUGCUGCGAGACUGGGGACAGAAUGAAGCCGCCGAUGCCAUGUCGAGGCUUGCCAGGCUGGCUCCUGUCUACCUCUCAAACCGUGGAUUCUCAAUUGGGAUUGGUGACGUCACACCUGGUCAAGGGCUGCUAAAGGCCAAGAAUGAGUUGCUGAACGCUGGCUACAAAAAAUGUGAUGAGUACAUCGAAGCCCUAAACACAGGCAAGCUGCAGCAGCAGCCUGGCUGCACUGCGGAGGAGACGCUGGAGGCUCUGAUCCUGAAGGAGCUGUCGGUGAUCCGAGACCAUGCGGGCAGCGCCUGCCUCCGGGAGCUGGACAAGAGCAACAGUCCCCUCACCAUGGCUUUGUGCGGCUCCAAAGGUUCCUUCAUUAACAUAUCACAGAUGAUUGCCUGUGUGGGACAGCAAGCCAUCAGUGGCUCCCGGGUGCCAGAUGGCUUUGAAAACAGGUCCUUGCCUCACUUUGAAAAACACUCAAAGCUCCCAGCUGCCAAAGGCUUUGUGGCUAAUAGCUUUUAUUCUGGUUUGACACCAACUGAGUUUUUCUUCCACACAAUGGCUGGCCGGGAAGGUCUAGUCGACACGGCCGUAAAGACAGCUGAAACGGGAUACAUGCAGAGAAGGCUUGUGAAGUCCCUUGAAGAUCUUUGUUCACAGUAUGAUUUGACAGUCCGAAGCUCUACGGGAGAUAUUAUACAGUUCAUUUACGGGGGAGAUGGCUUAGAUCCCGCAGCUAUGGAGGGAAAAGAUGAGCCCUUGGAGUUUAAAAGGGUUCUGGACAACAUCAAAGCAGUCUUCCCGUGUCAGAGCGAGCCUGCGCUCAGUAAAAAUGAACUGGUCCUGAGCACCGAGUCGAUCAUGAAGAAGCACGAGUUCCUCUGCUGCCAGGACAGCUUCCUGCAGGAAAUAAAGAACUUCAUUAAGGGGGUUUCUGAGAAGAUCAAGAAAACCAGAGAUAAAUACGGCAUCAACGAUAACGGCACAACAGAGCCCCGGGUGCUGUACCAGUUGGACCGGAUCACCCCCACCCAAAUAGAAAAGUUUCUGGAGACCUGUAGGGACAAGUACAUGAGGGCACAGAUGGAGCCCGGUUCUGCGGUAGGCGCACUCUGUGCCCAGAGCAUCGGCGAGCCGGGCACCCAGAUGACCCUGAAGACGUUCCACUUCGCAGGCGUGGCCUCCAUGAACAUCACCCUGGGUGUGCCCCGCAUCAAAGAGAUCAUCAACGCUUCCAAAGCCAUCAGCACUCCAAUCAUCACGGCUCAGCUAGACAAGGAUGAGGAUGCAGAUUACGCUCGCCUCGUGAAAGGAAGAAUUGAGAAAACUCUCUUGGGAGAGAUUUCAGAGUAUAUCGAAGAAGUGUUCCUUCCCGACGACUGCUUUAUCCUCGUCAAGCUCUCCCUGGAACGGAUUAGACUUCUGAGGCUGGAAGUGAACGCGGAGACGGUGCGGUACUCCAUCUGCAUGUCCAAGCUCCGAGUGAAGCCGGGCGACGUGGCUGUUCACGGCGAGGCCGUGGUGUGUGUCACCCCCCGCGAGAACAGCAAGAGCUCCAUGUACUAUGUGCUGCAGUUCCUGAAGGAGGACCUCCCCAAGGUGGUGGUGCAGGGCAUCCCAGAGGUGUCCAGAGCCGUCAUCCACAUCGACGAGCAGAGUGGGAAGGAGAAGUACAAGCUCCUGGUGGAGGGCGACAACCUGCGGGCGGUCAUGGCCACUCACGGUGUGAAGGGCACCCGCACCACCUCCAAUAACACCUACGAGGUGGAGAAAACUCUGGGCAUUGAAGCUGCCCGGACAACGAUCAUCAAUGAGAUCCAGUACACGAUGGUCAACCACGGCAUGAGCAUCGACCGGAGGCACGUGAUGCUGCUCUCCGACCUCAUGACCUACAAGGGUGAAGUCCUGGGCAUCACUAGGUUUGGCCUGGCCAAGAUGAAGGAGAGUGUGCUGAUGCUGGCCUCCUUCGAGAAGACGGCUGACCACCUCUUUGACGCCGCCUACUUCGGGCAGAAGGACUCCGUGUGUGGGGUGUCCGAAUGCAUCAUCAUGGGGAUCCCCAUGAACAUUGGCACCGGGCUCUUCAAGCUGCUCCACAAGGCCAACAGGGACCCGAGCCCUCCCAGGAGGCCCCUGAUCUUCGACACAAAGGAAUUCCACAUCCCCCUUGUCACAUAGUCCCGGGAAGAGGGGACCACUCCUGCCCUCGGCUCCUGUCUUGUCUAGAAAGGGGCUCGAGACCAGCAGCUGCCUCGGCUUUGUGCUCCUUGGAACAGAGGCCCUGAUGUCCCCAUCAUGCCAGCAGCCAGGGCAGGCCCCCUGCCCCCCGGGAGCAGCUCACCAGUGACCCUGACCACCCACAGUGCUUGGCCAGGACAGCUGAGGUUUCUCCACACCUGCCGCCCACUCUACCUCUCUGACACGAGGCGGCCUCACUCAUCCCCCCCUCACCUGUCUGUCCAGCGGCUCCCAGGAACGAGGGGCCUGAGAUCCAGGGCCAGGACACCGUCCCAGGUUUUCCGCCCCUCGGUCCUGCCCGACUCGCAGUGUGAUGUACUUGUGUAAAUAUUGUUACUAUUAUUUAUUUGUUCCGUUUGAAAAAGUUGGAUUUUUUGUUAUUUGGUUUUACUUUUGAAACCCAGCAGCUUAGAAACCAAGGAAGCCAGCAUUGAAGCCUCACUGGAAAAACUGGUUGAGCCAAUGAGACUGUCUGGGGCUGGAAAGUGAGCUGAGCCUGUCGUGAGGCCGAGCUGCUCUGAAACGCUUUCUCGUGCCCUGGUUACCCCGUUGAUUCGUCUGCCUCCAGCUCCUUCAGGUUGUGGCACUGCCUUGUCACUCUACCUGUGACAGAGGUGGGGGCCCAUUCUUCGUGGCCCACGGGAGCCUUGCCGGUGAUCGGGGCCUGCUGGGGUGGGAUUGUCAGUGUUCUUGGAGCUGCCAGCACUCCCUGGGUGGCCUCCCCACCCUCCUGAAGUAAUCGCCUGUGUGCGCAGGCGACAGGUGCAGAACUGGUGGCCUGAGACGUGCCCCAGGGCAGUGGCAGCAGGUGCCAGCUGUAAGGGGUGAAAGGGUCACCCAGACAGGAAGGGAAAGGCCCACAUGGGGUGGGGUCAGCUGGUGCCAGACCACCCUCUGCUGGUGACUGCACCUCACAGGUGGGUUUCAUGGCCUCUGGAGUAUAGGAUGGCGGGAGGGAACACCAGCAGCACCCGCUCUCCUCUGUGGCACACGCUUGAAAUGGGGGAGGAGAGAUGGCGGCAGUAGUGUGUUUCUGUAACAAAGACGCAUUGCCAGGAGCCCUGGCCACCUGGGAGCGCUCUGGGGGCUGACGUGUCCAUGGGACGGGAUUGCAAUGGCUGCAGAUGGGUUGGGUGUAGAUCAGCAUGUGUCUCAGAACAGAAGGGUUCUGCGAGGGAGCUCACCACCCAGUGAGAAGUGAGGGGUCCUGCAGGCACUGGUUCUCGGGUACUGCAGCCUGCUGGGACCACGGGCACAGGCGGUGUUGGCUGGGAGCUGUGUGCUCCCCGCUGUGUUUGCCAUGGGGAUGUGGGGGUGAAAUUGUCCCUAAUGGAAUCCUCUCCCUGCCCUGGGCACUGGACUUUAUAGUGAGCACAGAGCUUGAAGACCAGACAGCAAUAUGUUCUCCAGAGUGAGCUCUAUAGGUUAGGUUUUAGUCUGGGCCUCUUUGGAAGAAAUAAGAAAAACAUGUAUAUUCUGUCUCAGCCAUUCACAGAUACAUAUUCCUUCCUAGUCAUCUGUCUAGCAGUUUGCCCUCUUUUAUCUUUUACAAAGGAUUAAAAUAGCUAUUGACUCCAUUACAACCCCUGCUGUGUUCAGCACUUUGAGCGGAGGAACAUCCCAGAGUUUCAGUGCGUGUCAGUUAAAUUAUGGUGUGUUUCCAUUUCAGGGUUUAUCCGUGUGCAUUCACACUGAUUCAUGUCUGAUUGAACCUGACACUGUAUAAUGAUUUUUGUAAAAUUUUGCUCUCUCUUGGCAGAAUUCUAUUUUUCUACCAAAGCUCAAAAGAGGAAAAAUUGAUAAACGUAAAACUGUAGCGAUUCAUCCUGUAGGUCAGCAAAUUUCAGCUGGUGUGCUGCAAGAAUUUGUAAAGCUGGCAAUGCCUGGCCAUUUAGUCGAGAGCACUGAACUCUUUGCAGUGGUUCUCAACCUUCUGGCCCUUUAAAUACAGUUCCUCAUGUUGUGACCCAGCCAUAAAAUUAUUUUCGUUGCUACUUCAUAACUGCAAUGUUGCUACUGUUAUGAGUCAUAAUGUAAAUAUCUGAUAUGCAGGAUGGUCUUAGGCAACCCCUGUGAAAGGGUCAUUCAACCCCCAAAGGGGUCGCGACCCACAGGUUGAGAACCGCUGCCUUAGAGCAACAAAUUAAAGAAUGACAACAGUCAACACAACAGUAGCCAUUCGGUGUGAAUGAAUCAAAACUAUACAGUUUUUUUGUCUGAUCGGCAAAAAAAAAUACAUAUUUUGGUGUGCCACAGCAUUUUAGUAGUUAAUGUGUGCCACAAUGAGAAGGUUGGACGUCGCUGCUGUGGGUUGUGAAGCAGAUGAUUGGGAUAUGUGCAGGCUCCGACUCAACCAGUGUCCCUGCCGCAAGCACACUGUCAGGUGCUGGGGUCAGCAGUAAGCGCCAGCCCCACCCUGUGACGGAGCUGAUUCAAAGCCAGGGAGGCAGUAGUGCCCCUAAGUACUGGAAGUGCCACCUGGCCAGGACCAGGUGCCAACUCAACUGCUCAUUCAACAAAUGAGGGCCCCCUAUGUCUAAGGCACUGUUCUAAGAACUAGAAAUACAGCAGUAAAACAGGUCCGUUAGAUACAGACGCAUCUUAAAAUAGUUCAGCAAAGGGAGUAGAGAAAAGAGGUUCUGCAUCAAACUUGGCAAGAAGUGCCUCUAGCAUAAUCUAGGGCCUGGUUCCUGUGGGCAGGCUCAGCACUCCAGGCCUCACUAGGGUCCCUCUGAGCCAGAGCACCCCCCGCCCCAGGUUCCAACCUUCCCCUCAGAACCCUUUAAGCCCCCAGUUUGGUCUCUUUGCCUUGGGCGUGGAUGCCAGAGCAUGUGUCUUGAGCAGAGGACAGCCUGCAGACCCUGGGAAAUCGUGCUACCAUCCUCUCCCCAGCCCCAGCAUACUUGCAGUGUUAGUGAGUGGAGUUUAAGACCAUGCGUUUUGGUUAAGCUUCUGCUCCGUACCCAGCAGUGUGCCGGGCCCUUAGGGACAGUCCCUGCAUGCAUGGGACUUGCCCAUCUGUCUGCAGUCAUCAUGUUAAAAGCCUGGGUUCUGUGAUCAGACUAUUGGAACUCAAAUCCCAACUUCCCUUUUCUAUCUGGUGACCUUGAACCUCUCUUGGCUUCACUCAUAAGAUAGGAAUGCUUUUGAAGGGUACCUAACUCAGGGUCAGUUUCAAUGUGAUUGUGCAUAGAAGGUCUUAGUGCAGCACCUGGCACAGAGCAUACACUCAUUAAGUGUGCUUGCAUUUUUAUUAUGUGAUAAUCACUAUUUUUACUAAAAAACACAGUCUAAAAAUCACAAGUAAAACCCAAUUCUAAUCCUUUUCAAUUCCUCCAGAUGGAGCAGUGCUUUGAGGCAUUGGAGAUCAGGCCUCCCGACUUCCCCCUGCCCACUUCUGCUCAGGAGUAGGUUUCAGUGUUUCGUACCACACAGGAGAGCCAGGGAAGGGCUGACACCGCAGUCAUGUAGCCAAGGGCCUGAGCACUUAAGUUUGAGCCCUAGAGCAAAAGUGAUCUCAAAUGAAGGUUUAUGGGUAGUAAGACCAAAAUAACAGGUUGUUUAUUUUUUAUUGAGAGAGAUGGAUAUGGAUAUUUAUAUAAGGUUAUUAUAUAACAGGGUGUCCCAUGACGGGGAACUUAACUUCUUUGUCUCUUAAAGGAAAAGCUGCUAUUUAAAAGUUGUCAGCGAGGACUAUGUAAAGACAUUGGUAAUAAUGGUUGCCUCCGGAUAGAAACAGAUGACUAGGGUACUGGUGGAGGUGACUUUAUUUUCACUCCGUGCUCUGUUGUACCUUCUGAGGGUAUUUCCAGUUCUUUUUAAAUCAAUAUCUGAUGCUAAAAAAAAAUCCUGUCACCUUGGAACUGACUUGGUUCUGAGUGUUCUGUUCUGAGAGGAGCUGAGUGGUAGCAGGUAGACACCAGAUAUUCAGGGAGAAAGGUAUUGUUGUCAGGAUCAGAUCACACAAAAAACCUAACAGUCUUAAAUGCCUAAGACUUUCUUUCUGACGCAAAGCCAAUAGGGGGCAUUCCGGGGCUGACAGCAGUUUUCCAAGGCUGUGGGGGACCCAGGUCCCUCUCAGCCUCACCUCCCACAUCCCAGGGUAUGAUCCCGGCCUCAUUCCUCAUGGCCCAAGGUAGCUGGUGGAGACCCGGCAUUCCAGCCAAGAGGAGGAGGGGAAGAAAGCCAUAACUUUUGAGACCUUUCCCCAAAGUUACUUGACAUCCGUGUUAAUGUCCCCUCAGCCAGCACUAGCGAAGCCCAGCUCCAAGGGAGGCUGAAAAAUGUUUGGGUUCUGGGCGGCUGUGUGCUUAUCUAAAAGUAGGGGCUUCUGUUAGCAAAGAAAAAGGAACAGGAAGUGGGAAACAAUUGUCUCCGCCUUUGGUGUAUCGGGAUUUUAAUUUGUUUUUUGACAAAGGUCGGCAUGUCCCCCUAAGCCCCCCGGAACUAGAAUGUGCUGGGGCGGGUAGGACCCAGGCGCCUUCAGAAGAGGGACUGAGACCCUGACCCUUCCUGCUCCCUUUGUUUCUGUUUCUUGCAACUCUUAUGCCUGAGUUGUUUUUAAUAAACUGACUAUUAAAUUAGGUCACAUUCACUGAGCAGACUGUUGAAAAUAUAUCUGGGCUGAUGGAAAAUAUAACUGUCAAGCUAUUCAAUAAAUUACACUAUUUAUUGCUCACCUACUGUAGCCUGGCCCAAUACCAGGUGCUGGGUAUAGAGUGACAAACAGUUCCUUUGCCUCUUUUCUUUAGAAUUAAUCCAGUCACCACACUGUCCAACAGAAAUACAAUACAAGCCACUGAUGGAAUUUUAAA